GACAGUGAAUAUCGGAACGUAGUCAUAGGUCGUGUUCCAAAAUUCACUACCAGUACUGUAAAUCUAUAGUUCACGUAACAUAUAUUAUAGAUUUCCAGUACUAGUAGUGAAUUUCGGAACACGACUAUAGUAUCAAUAUAUGACUUAACCUUCCUUUAUAUAACCUUAGAGAGACCCGCUGGUUGGUGUCUUCCGCGGACUUUCGAGAAGAGGAGUAGAGGUAGAGGCGAACGCGGCUGAGAAAUUCAAAUGUCGUGUCGCGUGUAUCGUCUGCGCCUGGCCAGCGAGAAACCAGACAGAUCCAUUUUGUGCCUGCUCGGCCAUUCGGUCGCGUAUUGAAUGUCUAUCUGUCAGUUGUACGCGCGUCAAUAUGGCAAUUUAACGACGAAAUCUGUUAUGUCCUGAAGCGGCGCGAAAACGCCGAGAAGAUACAUGUAAUUUCAUACACGCAUGCAUUCCAUGUAUCUUACACAUGUGGUGCAACGUAAUCACUUUUUAAAAGGAUAUUUAAUAGAUGUAAACAUAUGAAGCUUAAUGGCUGGAUGCUGGUAGAGAAGUUCAUUAACGAAACGGCAUGCUUGUAAGAGCCUGGCCGCGCACUGUCACGUGGGAUGAAUGAGGAAGAACUGUUGAAACGGUCUGCUGCAGAGCGCGAUAGGAUUUUCAGCUGCUAUGAUCGCGGUAGGGAGGGCACUGAGAUUGAUCCCUGGGAGGAUCCCGCUUAUGAAGUCUAUCACACUACAGAUAGAUAUGGAUUCAUACACGAUAAAAGAUUACCACAGAAGCCGGAUUCAUACCAGAUCAAGUUACAUCAUGUGGAAAUGGAGAGAUUGAAGAAAUGGGAGAAGAUGACAAAACAAUGGGACAGUGCCUCGACCAAGGAAAAAUUGCGUCGUAGAAUAUACAAAGGGAUUCCUAAUAGAUUUCGUGGUCAAGUAUGGACUCUACUCUUAGGCAUCAAGAAUCUCAAAAAGGAGCAGGCAGGCAAAUACGAGGAGAUGCUACAACUAGCUCGCCAAUGGUCCACAGAGAUACGACAGAUCGAUGCCGAUGUCGCCAGACAAUACAGAGAUCAUAUUAACUAUAGGGAGAGAUAUAGUAUAAAACAAAAAUCCAUGUUUUACGUACUAGCGGCCUAUAGUAUGUACAACAUGGAGGUAGGAUAUUGUCAAGGAAUGUCCGUGUUAGCUGGUUUGCUGCUGCUUUACAUGGAUGAGGAGGACGCAUUUUGGGGCCUUUCUGUGUUACUUGCCGAUCAAAAAUACAGCAUGCAUGGCUUUUAUGUAGAUGGAUUUCCAAAAUUAAAUCGUUUCAUAGAGCACCAUGACAAGAUAAUGAACAAAUUUUUGCCGAAAUUGAAACGGAAAAUGGAUAAAUGCGGCUGCGAUUCCAUACUUUAUGCAUUGAAGUGGUUCUUUGUUGUUUUUCAGGAGAGAACUCCCGUUAGUCUCGGUCUUCGUAUUUGGGACAUAUUUCUAUUGGACGGUGAUCGCAUACUGCCGGCGAUGGCGUACACCGUGAUGAAGCUACAUAAGCGAUAUCUGAUACCGAUGGAGAGUCUCGACGAAUUCUGCAAUUAUCUGCAGAUCAAGUUAGAGAAGGACUUCUGUUUUGACGACGACACUGUGAUCAGUACAAUGGAGCGCAGCAUGGAGGAGUUAAAGCGUGCCAAAUUAGACUACCCGGGUGUACCGUUGCCUCAUGAACUGCCCCGUUUUCCGUUUGGCACUUUCAAGGAGCCUUCGUUUACUAACAAGGUUGGAAGGCGAAGCGAGGAGUUUAGCGAAGCUCAGCAUGUAAUGCGAGAAUCCGUGGCGCAGCGCAGGGACAUGGCACUGAUCGACAACGGCAGGGAGAGUACUACGCCCGUCGAACCGACCAGUGGCCUUGGCGGAAGCAAGUUUUCCUUUGACCCGAGCCUCGACGACGGCACGUCUCCUAACGGCUCCCGCCGAUCGUUGGCUGAGACGUCGGUGACAUCGACGGCCGACCUGUCGGUGUUCAGUUCGGCUACGCGUUCCCAGGCGCUGGACAACAGCCUGGAUACCCAGAGCAAUAUCUCGAACGCCAGCUCGGGCAGCGGUGGUCUACCGACGCCGCGUGCGACGCCGCAUCAGCCCAGCCCGGACGUGGUGCGCAUCUACGUGCCGUACACGUCGCCCGUAUCAGCGGCGGUCUCUUACAAGGACGACCUGCCGCGCACGCUACCACGCUCCCUGGACACUAAUAAGAUCCGCAUCCGCGUUGACCCGGAUCAGACUCCCAUCGUCGAGAAUCUCAAGCCGUUUUCCUUGGAGAGCCCGGAAGUGGAGCUAGACUUGAAGUAGAGUAAGUCGAAAUAUUGAAUUGUGUGCGGAAAAUUACUAUCGAAUCGAGAUAGGGUGUCCUGGAAGUCGCGCGUUUCUAGGUAUGUUAAAGUAUCGUCCUCUGAUAAAUCGAACUUUAAGAAGAAAUAACAAUAUUAUGUCAAUUUCGAUUUCUUUUGAUGCCUGGUAAAAAAUAUAUUUUAACUUGUUCAGCUUGUUUUCGUAGCGUAGAGA